GAUUUAGUUUGAGGCCUGUCAGCACUUGGGUGUUUGAGUAUAUAUAAAAAGGGUUCUUUCGCUUGAUGUUGAAGUUUGAUCUCACCUUUUCUCAUUACUUCAACUGAAUCACUCAUACCAAAGUCAUUCUGUUCACUACACUUUUAACUUAUAGCUUUUCAUGAUGCAAUCCAAAUUUUUCUUCUUGUCUAUCUUAGCUCCUACAAGCCUGUCGGCUGCUCUCCCAGAAUCUCUCAACAUUUCAGAACCGUCCAGCGGUCCUAUACCCAGUGAAACCAACUACUACAGUUCAUAUCGGGGCAAAACAGCGCCAUUUCCAGCGAAUUCUACAUCCCCGAUUUUACCAACGGAAAGCGGUCCACCCGGACCUGAUGAUCUUCUCUUUCAGAACCUUCUAGGAGCAGAAUGGGCAGUAUUCUCCUUCUAUCAACAAGCCGUCGAAGCUCUCAACACUACAUCAUUCACAUCCAUCGGAUUUCAAAACACCACCUACGAUCGUAUUCAAGAAAUCCGCGAUAAUGAAGCUGGACAUCUCCGAAUCUUCCAGGACUCCAUAUCCAAUACAUCAAUUAAACCAGGCGCAUGCAGCUACGAUUUUGGCUGGAGCACCGCCGCGGAAUUCCUGGCGCUGCAAGUAUUGAUUGAAGUGUCAAGUAUGGCUUUUGCGACGGGCCUCGUACAGCAAGCAAAUAUGAAUGUAACGAAGGGCGCCCUGAUGGGAAUCGGAGAAACGGAAACCCGUCACAACACAUGGGCUUUGAUUUCGGUUUGGGGAGUGGAUCCGUUUGCCGGGCCUAUCGAUACGAGUUUUCCGUAUGCGAAUCAAAUAUUAGACUCGACGAAUCGAUUUAUCAUCGAUGGGUCGUGUCCAAGUGCUAAUCCAGCGUAUCCCUCUCCCAGUCAACAUUUGCCCCAGUUGCAAACCCCCGAGAAUGUUACUGCUGGAGGAAAUUUAACAUUUGUGUACGAAAAUGGUAGUGAUGGGGCGGAGAUGCCAGGUUUUGAAGAUGGAAAAGAUUAUUAUGCUGUUUUCUUUCACGGCUUGCAGAUCAUUUCGGUGCCAUAUGAUGUUAGUACUCAUAGCACAAUCUUUCCUUUGGAUCUGGAGUUGAAGGGGAUAAUCUUGGCGGUUAUUGCGGAUGAGUUGGAUACACCUACGGAAGAAUCUGUUGUUGCUGGGCCUGCUUUUAUCUUGGAGCAACCGGCAAUACUUGCUGCUAGUGGGAUAUAGGGACUCGGGAAUGAUAUUCGAAGCUAAAUUUAAAUGCUAGGGUUGAGAUAGCAAGUGUCAAAACGUUUUUGCGGGAUCUAUUUUGAAGCAGUGAUGGGUACUUUUGACAAGAUAGCUUUUAGAAUAGAACAACGUCUUGCCAAACUUUUAAAAUGCCACGACACAGCCUCCAUCUGCGAUCUCA